GACUAAAAUAAUACACGCUUCUGUCAAAACUGAGGCAUUUUUGAGCACUCACAUACUUAUAGAGAGAGAGAGAGUGCGUGUGCUGUAGAUAGAGAGAGAGAGAGGAUAUUGGGAUCGUUAAAGACUUGCUGUUUACUGAUGUCAGCUCUGAAGCCAAGGAUCUAAAAGCAGUAUUCAUUUGGAUUCAAUUUUUUUUUGUUUCUCUCUGCUAUGGAAGGUAAAUCCCCAGAUCGGGAUUCAUUGGAGUCUGGUACAAAAAAAUCCAGUAUUUCAUCAGGUGGUCGGGCACAGGAUCGAAAAGUGUUUUAUCGUAGAUUUUUGGAUAGUGAUCUACUGACUGAAAAGCUUACAGAUUGGAUUGAGAAUAAUGCUGAAGAUAAUACAAUGCCUGCUUUUGAUGUUCCUUUCGAAUUGGUGGAUAUUCAGAAGUUUGAUUAUGCACUCGAAGGUGUUCCCUUUCAGCAGCUGAUUCGGAUGCCUAGUGCUAUAUAUGCAUCAACUUCCAGUACUGUUGAAGCGACUGCUUAUCUUGCUCUCGAGGACUUCAUGCAUGCGAGUGCGAAAAGCUUAUGGGAGUCUUUCUGGGGUCAGCAGAAUGAGCCGAUGCCUUUCUUUGUUUCCUCUUUGUACAAUGCGAACUUGAGAUUUUACCAAGCUGAGAAAGCAAUUGCUAAGGGUAAACUUGAAGGACUUUGUGCCACAGCUAUAAUGCUAAAGAACCCUAGACAUCCACAAGGAAAGUGGGAUGAUAUUCUUGAAUUAGCACUUCUGAGGCCCGACACUGGAACCCUUGCAUCAGUAGAAAAUAACUGUAAGCCAUCAGUUCCAAUUAUAGGUGAAGCUUUGUUUUUUGCUCUUCGGGUAUUGCUCGCUAGAAGUCUCAGCAGAUCAAGUAUUCCUCUGAGUUUGAAUUCUGUGUUUGUUCUAGUAGUCGAUUGUCAAUAUGGUGGUGUUAUAAAAGUCGAAGGUGAUUUGAAUAAGUUGGAGUUUGAUGUAAAUAAUGUGUAUGAAUGUUCUGCUGCAUGGAUAAGAAAUCAUUCUCGAAUUGCAAUUUCCCCCAUUGAUAUGAUCUGGAACAAGCUAGGAAAUGCUAACUGGGGUGAUAUCGGUGCUCUACAGGUACUUUUUGCUACAUUUCAUUCCAUUACACAAUAUGCUGGAAUGCCUAAGAACUCGGUUGAAGAUCUAGCUGCCGAUCACAGUUCCCGUCUUCAAGCGAGAAGGAUUGAGAGGCAGUUAGGGGAUACAAGGGUGAAUGGAAAUGGCUUGUUUCGGUUCCAGCAGAGAAGUGCUUCACCUGAAAUUGUUGAAGUACAGGAAGAAUCUGCUAGAGUUGAAUCGGAUAAGUUGAUGAAGCUAGAAGUAGGGUCUGUUUUGUGGAUAGAGGAUUCAGAUUGGCAGAACGGUUAUCAGAUUAAUGAAGUGCUGAAUGAUGGUGAGAUCCCAUAUUAUAUGGCAUCAUCUGUUGAAGACCCAAGAAAGAAUCUGUUUCUGUAUGUUGGUUCACAUCCUUCUCAGCUAGAGCCAGCGUGGGAAGAUAUGAAGUUGUGGUAUCAAGUUCAGAGGCAAACUAAAGUAUUGAGUGUUGUGAAACAGAGAGGUUUGUCCAGCAAGUAUAUUCCCCAUUUGAGUGCAUCAGGCAAGUUAAUUCACCCCGGUCAGUGUCGGAGACCAAGCUCCGGUGGUAAUUGUGACCACCCAUGGUGUGGUACUCCUGUCCUGGUAACCAGCCCAGUUGGCACAACUGUUGCUGACAUGGUUAGAACGGGCCUAUUUGGAUUAGAUGAAGCUAUCAGAUGUUGCCAUGAUUGUUUAUCUGCCCUUUCUACUGCCGCAUUGGGGGGAAUUCGGCAUGGGGACAUCAGGCCUGAGAAUGUUAUUUGUGUGACAUCUGGUGCAAGGCAGCCUUACUACGUCCUUAUCGGUUGGGGACAUGCUAUUUUAGAAGACAGGGACCGUCCAGCAAUGAACCUUCAUUUCUCUUCUACUUCUGCCCUUCAGGAGGGGAAACUGUGCUCUGCUUCUGAUGCAGAGAGCCUGGUAUAUAUGCUUUACUUUUCUUCCGGUGGGGAUUUGCCUGUUCUGGACUCAGUCGAGGGGGCACUUCAGUGGAGAGAAACCGCUUGGUCAAGGAGGCUGAUACAACAAAAGCUUGGAGACAUCUCAGCUGUAUUGAAAGCAUUUGCAGAUUAUGUUGACAGCCUCUGCGGAACACCUUAUCCUAUGGAUUAUGAAAUUUGGUUGAGAAGGUUGAAAAAACACAUUCGCGAGGAUGAUAAUGGAAAGGAAGUCGACACAUCUAGUUAACAGUAAGCUUUCAUUAUUAGUCCAUUUGAGACAUCCUUUUCAGGAUUUACGGCUUCCUUGUUGUAGAAGAUAAUAGGUAAAGUUAAAAGGCAAUUGAAGAACAUCCCGUUUAAAUUGUUUUUGCUUUUUGUAAAGAUUUGGCAUAGAGAUGUGUCGACUGUCAUUACUUGUUGUAAAGGUACCAACGGUUGAGAUUUGUUUAAAUUGUUUGAUAGAUGUUUUGACGAUAAUCAGCUUCUUUGUAUAUCGAGGUAAUUAUUGUAUAUUAGUUGGAAUGACCACAUAGCUUUCGGUGGAUACUAUGAUUUUAGGUGAAUGAUAUUGAGUGUGCGCUUUUUGUCAUUGCA